AGAUUUCCGUUUUCUUAGUCAUUUGCAAUCUAGCUUUAAGGGGGGAAGUUCCAGACCGUAGUAGAAUAAUAUCCAUAUAAGGUCGUCAAGCGAUUUUGUAAUACAUAGUAGUCUUUUGAUAUCAUCUUCUCCUACCCUGUGUGGUACUAUACUGUAUGUCAUCAGGGUGAGUGUGCAUAGUGGAACGCACACAAUGUCGUACAGGAACUUGCAGGCUUGCCGGAAACUGCAAUGCCCUCGUUGCAUAGAGAGGAUACAACAGAAGAAGGUUGGAUCGCAGAGGGAGUUGUAGAAGAUCAACAAGGACGACUCAGUAACUAAUCUACCAAACAUCAAUUGUUGAUAGUAGCAACUAGCAACAGUGAAGAAUGUCGACGAAAGAACGGGGCCUGGUUUAUCUCGUCACUGGGGGCUGUGGGUUCCUCGGACAACACCUGUUACAGGUCCUUUUGGAGAAAGAGGAUGCGGUAACGGAAAUUCGACUUUUUGACAAACACAUCGACUCAAGUUUAAAUGGCCACAGCACAGAGCGGGUAAAGGUGGUGGUGACACAGGGGGACAUCACAGAUUACUCCAGUGUUCUGGAGGUGUCCAAGGGGGCAGACCUGGUCAUCCACACAGCCAGCCUGGUGGAUGUCUGGCACAGAGUCCCUGAGACAGUCAUCCAGGCUGUGAAUGUUCAAGGAACUGUGAAUGUGAUCAAUGCCUGUGUGGAGAAUGGUAUUCAGUAUCUGGUCUACACCAGCAGCAUGGAGGUGGUCGGCCCCAAUGUGAAAGGAGACCCCUUUAUCAGAGGUGAUGAAGACACCAUCUACAAUGUUCAUCAUGAUAUGCCCUACCCCAGGAGCAAGGCCAAGGCAGAGAAACUGGUGCUGGAGGCCAAUGGCAAUAAGGUGAAUGAAGGGGCCUGCUUGUACACAUGCUCCCUCCGUCCCACAGGGAUCUAUGGUGAGCAGCACCAGCUGAUGAGGGACUUCUAUCAGAUGGGUGUGAGGACAGGGGGCUGGAUCAUUCGAGGCGUCCCAAAGGACACGGAACAUGGUCGUGUCUAUGCAGGUAACGUGGCUUGGAUGCAUCUGCUGGCUGCACGCUCCCUGAGAGAGCACCCCCAAAGGCUUGGAGGGGAAGUUUACUUCUGCUAUGACGACUCACCCUACAAGAGUUAUGAGGAUUUCAACAUGCAGUUCCUGUCUGGGUUCAAUUUCCGCCAGGUCCAUGUGCCGCUAUUGGUGCUGUGGUUGGUGGCGUGCCUGAAUGACCUGAUCCGCUGGGUGCUGAAGCCUGUGUGCAGCUACACACCAUUACUCAACCGCUACACACUCGCUGUGGCCAGCACCUCCUUCACAGUGGGUUCAGACAAGGCCCAGCGCCACUUCCAGUACCGCCCCCUCUAUGACUGGGACCAGUGCAAGGCCCGCACACAGAGAUGGGUGGACACCUUUCCCUUCACAGGCCCCAAGGACUCCUGAUCUGGGCUGAUCUGCUGGUCUGGUGGAACCUUGUCUGGGCUAAACCGAUGCACCACACAUCAUAACCUGGAAUGGAUGGAGGAGUGAGAGGACUUUCUCAGAUUUAUAUUCUCACUAUGUUUGCUCCAUCAUAAGCAGUAUUAUCAUUACACAUAUGCAAACAAACUCUUGACCCCUGAACUCUUAAACCCUGAACUACGACCUCCUACACGUGUUCUUCAAAAAUGGUUAUGUCUUCCUACCUGUCAUUACUUGUGGCUAGCCUGUAGCUCCUCAGGCAAAAUGAUGACAAUGCAUGUUCCACACUGAAAUGGGUCACUUAUCCAUCCCAUGAUCUUCUGAUUCACAUGAGACCCUUCCCAGCCCUAAAUAAGAGAUAAUAUAUUGGAGAUUCAAUAUAAAUGUUUGGGGCUUUAUCGGACAUUGCAAUAUUCAUCUUCUUACAAAAGCGGUAGAUAUAAUGUGAUAGUAGUCAUAAAAGGGCAUAGAUAUGUGAUAUAGGAAAGCUGCUCAUUCAUUCUUUUGAGUCUAUUUCCAACAAUACAUGGUGCAAUACAUUGCUAUACAUAUUUUGCAAUACAUACAUGAAAAUGCAAUACAUUUUUCACAAGACAUCAUCACUACAUAGACUUGAUCUGUUUUUGUUGAAGAGCACUAGUGCAGAAAAUAAGUAUUUACCUCUUCAACAUGCAUUAAUGCACACAGAGAAUAUUCUCUGAAUAUGUUCUAUGUGAUUUUAGAGUUUUAUGAAUCACCUGCUAUACAUUAAGCUGAUUUUAUAAUCUGAAUGCACUGACAAUUUAAAAACAAUAAUAAAAAAAAUCUUUAAAAAUAAUAUUUGCCAGUGCAUUCAGAUUUUAAACUUCAGACAGAGAAAAGGUUCAUUUUAUAUUUCAUGCCUAUUGAUGAAAUUAUAAUUUUGAGAAGUAGCGUUACUUUUAAAGAGCAAUAAAAAUAAAUAUAUUCUA